AUGUUAACUGUUUCAAUCGUUGUCCAAGCAGGACGUCUUCUUGGCCUACCAAAGGGUGAGCUAUCUGAACAAUUCGUUCACCAGAUACUCCACCGACGUGUCAAAGCUGGUUCCGGAUUCGGUGUCUCACGAUCGCGUCGUGUGACGGAGUAUCAAACAGCAUGCACGGUGUCUCAGGCUCGCGAACAGCGCGAUUGCUUGGUUAAAGCGCUAUACAGUAGCUUAUUCAGUCACGUGGUUCAGAUGAUCAAUACUCGUUUGGGCUUUCCGGCCGAACUUGCGGACUAUUCAGAGCUAGGUAUUUUGGACUUAUUCGGCUUUGAACGAUUCGUUGAAAACGGAUUUGAACAAUUUUGCAUUAACUACGCUAAUGAACGUCUUCAUCAGAACUUCAUGCGAACCGCUGUGAAUGGUGUGCGCGAGAACCUCCUAUCCGAAGGUGUGCUUCAUGAUGGUGGUCAAGAUGCGACAGCAACCACCCACGCCUUGCGCAACUGUGAUAACUCCUCGGUACUCGGUACCAUCCGGACCUGCGCCAAUCUGUUGGAGGAGGUCUGUUUACUCAAUCGCCUUCAAGAACCAAAUGGGAAUCGAUCAUUGGCCUUUUCAGAGAAUGUGGACCCCCGAGAACUUGCUUGGAUAGAAAGACUGCGUUCACAAUGCACGCAGGAUGCCACGCUUACUGUGAGCAUGCAUGAUCUUCUUACCGUUAAAAGACAGGCGAAGAGAUACGGAAUCUCGGGCAAAAGCACUUCCAACAAUGAUUACCCUCCAAGUUCGCUCUCACCUUCAACAGAACGAUGCACUUCAAACUGCUUCACUGUGCGUCAUUUCGCGGGACCUGUUAACUACUCCGUAACAGGUUUUGUGUCGAAGAAUUUGGAUCGGUUACCCGUUCAUAUUCUCCAGUGGCUUGUCGACAACAUUUCGUCUCCAGCCGCACCGAACAAUCCCGCCUGUGGGGCCCAGCUGCCUGCCAAUUCCGGUCUCAUUCACGCUGUCCUUGUAGCAUCCGCCGGGUUAUCAUCCGAUAGGUCAAUGAGCGAUUCUCCUUGUAGCUUCAGAUCACCGUUAAAGCCCAUCAAUUCUCCUCCUUUCUUGGGUUCCACUGUAAACGACUCAGUCAAGAAACCCAUCUUCCCAUCCUCAAAGCAAGUUCGGAUGAGACAACUCUGCAGCCCUAGCCGUCGUGUUAACACGGUAUUUGGCAACUUCAAGUCGGCUGUGGAUGCGUUACUCAUGAAACUGGACACUCAUCAUUUAUCAUUCGUUCGCUGUCUUCGUCCCGAUCGUUUGCCUGACCAUGAGCAUUCGGGAAGCAUUCGGCUCCCUCUGGCUACCGAACUUUCGGCACCAUCUGUUGUUGGCUCGUGUUGUUCGGUGGAUCGAGACCGAUUGAAAGAUCAGCUUGCCAGUGGCGGCCUAUUGGCAGCCGUGCGCGUCCUACGAUUGGCAUAUGCUAACAGCUACACCUACGAUGAGUUCGUGAAAAAAUACCGGGCUUUGCUGCGAUUGUGUCCCACUGACACAAGCAACUGUCUAACAUCUGCUUCACCGUCCCUGUUUUUUCCUUGGUUGAAGGAAUUGAUCGGAGAACCACCUGACUCGUCCUUGCAAAAGCUGCGACUAAUUUACGGCAAAAACGGCAAUAUGCAGGCGAAGCAGGUUACAUUGUUCCUCUUGGUGCUUGGGCUACAUAUCGUCCCGGAUGCCGCAUGUCGAACCAAGGGAGACCAAAGGCGAAAAUUGUCCACUCUAUUGGGCCAAUUCGGCUCGACACGGAUUUUUCUAACCGAUGCUCAGAAUGAAGAUUUGGAACGUCUCCUCACAGCAACACGCUAUUCUGCCGCGAAGAUUAUUCAAAGAGCUUACAGGUCAUUCAGAAGGCGUUUCCUAUCCGCACGAACUAUCCAGCUGUGGUGGCGUAGCCGUGUAUCGCGUCGUUGUAUAUCGGCACCGCAUCCCUGCCCCGAACGUGCCACUGCCACUGACCCUAACCAACCUCCCCCAUCCCCAAGUAUCUUCAGUACGGAACAAACCCAGACUUUAGAAUCAACGCCGACAGCGAAUUCAUCCAGCUUUGCCACUUGCGAACUACACAUCGUCUCGCGGCACACCAUUCCAACAUCGGAAUUGGCACAGUGUGAAACCAACAGACAACAUUUUUGGAACAAUACUCGCUUAAGGCAGUUACAUCGUCUGAUUCCAUAUAUUUGGCGUGAUCCGUUAUCAUCUAUCACUGAUUCGUCUACAAAGGGGCUGCUAGACGUCAUGAAUUGGCAAGCCUAA